AUGAAGAAAAGAGAAGGGGAAAAUCAAACGUCCAUCACAGAAUUCAUCCUGUUGGGAUUCGGGGAUCUCCCUGGACUGCAGAUCCUGUUCUUCUUGCUGUUUCUAGGGAUCUACCUACUCACCAUGGUUGCGAACACUCUUAUUGUUGUGCUAGUGGUGGCCGAUCGGCACCUUCACACCCCCAUGUACUUCUUCCUGGGGAAUUUGUCAUGCUUGGAGAUUGGCUACAGCUCCACCAUUCUUCCCAGGAUACUGGACAGUUUCUUGACUGGAAGCAGAACCGUUUCCGUUACUAGCUGCAUGGUUCAGUUUUAUUGGUUUGGUGUCCUAUUGACAGUGGAGUGCUAUCUCCUCGCAUCAAUGUCUUACGAUCGAUACCUAGCGAUCUGUAAGCCCCUACACUACGCAACCCUGAUGAAUGGGAAGUUCUGCAUCCAGCUAGCCGCUGGGUCAUGGCUCAGUUCAUUCUUCAUUCUUGCGAUAAUAAUCUAUUUGGUGUCACAACUAGCGUUCUGUGGGCCUCAUGAAAUUGACCAUUUCUUCUGCGACCUUACCCAAAUGAUUGAACUCUCCUGCAGUGACACCACUGUGGUGAACCUUGCCACCCUCAUAUUCUCCUCCACAAACAUCAUUGUCCCAUUUCUUUUGACUCUGAGCUCGUAUAUUUGUAUCAUCUCCACCAUCCUGAGAAUCUCUUCCACCACAGGCAAGCAAAAGGCCUUUUCCACCUGCUCCUCUCAUCUCAUUGUGGUUACAAUUUACUACGGGACUCUAAUAGCCAUCUACAUGUUACCCAACACGGGUGCCCUCAGAAUCCUUAAUAAAUUUGUUUCUGUCUUUUAUACGGUCCUGACUCCCCUGAUCAACCCCCUCAUCUACAGCCUGAGAAACCAAGAAGUCAAGGAAGCCCUGAAGAGAACUCUGCCGAAAUGUCGCAUAGACCCAUCAAUUCAGAGAAAUUGA